CUGCUCAGGUGCGCGUGUGCUGACGCCGCGUGACGCUCCGGUUGCGUCGCCGCCGCUGGGAACGGGCGUGUGCGUCAUCCAAACGUACGUGUUUGCAUAGCUUAGGUUUCUGUUUCCUGAGAGAGAGAGAGUGCUGAGUAAACGCUCAUAAAGCAGCCGGUGACACCGGGCUCUCGCGGAGGAACGGGUCCGGAUUCACGGAGAUUUGUGACUGACUGAGGAGGAUGGCGAGGAAGAGCAGUUUUAAAGAUGUGUCAGGAGUGGUGUUCGACACGCACUCGAAAAUGGUCAUGUCUCAAGGAGGAUCGUUCGAGAAGAUGAAGGAAAAGAUAAACGCCGUGCGAGCCGUGGUUCCCAACAAGAGCAAUAAUGAGAUCACUCUGGUGCUGCAGCACUUCGAGAACAGCGUGGAUCGAGCGGUGCAGGCGUUUGUGGAAGGCGGGGCUGCGGAGAUCCUGAAGGAGUGGAAUGUCACUGGGAAAAAGAAGCCCAAGAAAAAAAAGAAGCCAAAAGCACAAAGUGACGCUCCUGCAGAAGUGGCCCCGGACGCUGAGGGUCAGGAGCCCGUUAAUGGUUUCCAUGCCAACGGUUCGGCAGCCGCUGAUGGCGAUUCGCUGGAUUCUCUGAGCGAGCAGCUGGACUCUGCCUCUCUGGACGCUGUGGAGCUCGACUCGGAAACCGCUGCCCCUGAGGUGUUGGAGGCCACAGGUGGAGGUGUGCUGUCCAUGUCAAGCCCCGCCCCUCAGCCCAGCACCAAUCACGGAGCACGACAGAACCAUCACAGAACCGGUAACAAGUCUCAACCCAGGCCUGUGUCCAGCUCCCACAAUCCCUCUGCCCCCGCUCCGCCCGACGACACGCAGCGAGGUCCUGCCGGCAGAAAGAUCGGGCCAAACGUUGAUCGCUCCGUGAAGGACCUGCAGCGAUGUGCGGCGUCACUGUCACGCUACAGAGUCGUGGUGAAAGAUGAGAUGGACUCCUCCAUCAAGAGCAUGAAGCAGACGUUUGCUGAGCUGCAGAGCUGUCUCAUGGAUCGAGAGGUGACGCUGUUCACUGAGAUGGACAAAGUCAAAGCAGAAGCCCUGGCAAUUCUGGACGGCCGUCAGAAGAGAGCAGAAGAGCUGAAGAGACUGGCUGACCAAUCAGCAUCACUGACAGAGGAGCAGCUCUCUGAGCUACGAGCUGACAUCAAGCACUUUGUGAGUGAGCGCAAGUAUGAUGAGGAUCUGGGUAAAGCUGUGAAAUUCUCCCAUGAUGUGGAGCCUCUGAAGUGCAGCAUCAUGUCAUUUGGAUCAGUGUAUCAUCCUCAGACGGGCUACUCCAGCCGUUCUCGUUGUAGCUCCACCUCUUCCUCUGUCACAGGCUCCGCCCCUGCCAAAGCGCCACCUUCCCCUGAGCUCCAGCACCAGGCCUCUGCUUACACGAGCCGUCCCAGUGUGCCGCACAAACAGAUUUUCCAGGGCAACAGGCGCAUCAUUCACGGCUACCAAGGCACUCAGCGAUAUAACGGAAACACGCACCCCGAUCGAAACCCUGGCCGAAGCGGCUUCCGCUAUCAGAGCGACCUCGACUCCCAGCCGACCAAUAGUGCGAGAGGCUCCUCCCACUCCUCAGGCUAUCGCUCAGAUCGUCCCGCCCACAACGGGCUUCCACAGAGGCAGCCGCGGACGCACGGCCCGUGACGCCCCACACACACACAGCUGUCCGAUGAAGAGAAAGUCAAGUUUACAUCCGUUGAGCUGCUCUUCACUCUUCUGUCUUCUCUUCUGUCACAUUAGCGUUCAGUGUUAGUCUCAGUAGUUUCUGUGGUGAGUGUUUGCUCGUGGGCUUCCUCUUUCAAACGGUCAAGCGCUUCUCGGAUGAUCAACACUAAGGCAGAGUUUGCUCUGCGAGUCGAUUGAAGCCGGCGUGUCGUGUCCCGAUCGGGUGCUAAAGCACGAGUCUUCACACUCACGAUAUACCUCACGCUCUCAUUUCACGCUGCGCUCGCUGUCAGCCUCCUCCUGAAACACUCUGGUGGGAAGCUAUCUGCGCUGUGCAUGCUGGGACGUCUGUGUUUGACCGGGAGAGCUCUUCUGUCUGCAUUGGGUUGCUGACAGUGAAUCUGUCUAUGUGUCUCUCUCUAGUUUCUGGAAGCUUCUCGUCGCUCUUCUCAGCUCAAUCCUGUAUAUAUGUAAACUAUAUGUAUAGUGUUUUGUAGCCUCCGGCCAUGUAUGUAGUGCGAUUUAUUAGUUCUCUGAUUGAACUCCGUUAUCAAGCAACUUCUGUUCUUCCUCGCAAAUGGAGAGAGAGAGAGAGAGAGACUCGUUUCUGUUUUUUUUUUUCAAAACAAUCUGAGACCGUUGUAAUCAAGUGCCUUCAGUCAUGCGCUUUCACAGUCUCGUUCCUUCUGCUCCGUUUCGGACCAAAGACAUCAGAAGCCGUCGCCUGCUCCUGCACUAGCAAACACUCAUUGUAUUUCUCGCUAAUUGGCCUACUUGCUUUUCCUUUAUUAUAAAUAAAGAAGGAUUGGUAGCAAAUGCUGA